UUCCAUUGCGGGGCGCAUGAUUCGUGCAGAGAUUCUCGAGUCAUGAUUGCGCUAACGGCUGCUUCGUGAAGCCGCCGAGCUUGAAUCAGUUGAAUCAGUCUCUCGUGACAAACUCUACCAUCGACGACAUUCGCAACAUCAACUAAUGUGCUAAGACUGUGUGUUUUUCUGAGCAGGCAGGCAAGUAGGCAUUGGCAGGGCAGGCAAGAGCAAGCACCGCCGCCCAUCAUGGCCGCGACCACCGACGCCAAGACGGACAGCAAAGACAUCAUCGACGAGAUCGCCUCCCGAGCACCAUCGGGCCUGCUCAUCCCCUCCAAACAGAUCCGCAAUCAAAUCGAAAAGACGGCCGGCUACGUGGCGCGUAAUGGGCAAACAUUCGAAGACAAACUGCGCAACAGCGGGACAGUAAAACUCUCCUUCUUACAAUCUGACGACCCCUACCUCGCCUACUACCAAUGGCGUCUCUCCGAGAUCCGCGCGGGAAAGGGCAAUCUCAUCUCCGCCGGUCGCGAGAACGAAAUCGUGCAGGGACAGACGGGCGUGAGUGGGAGAGGCAGAGAGGAGCGGAAAGGGCCGGAGAAGCCGGAGGAGUUCCAGUUCUCCGCGCGUAUGCCGAACAUCUCCGCGCAGGAUCUGGAAGUGGUGAAAUUGACGGCACUGUGGGUGGCGAAGAACGGGCGCGCGUUCAUGAGUCAGCUCGCUCAACGCGAAGCGGGGAACUUCCAAUUCGACUUCCUCCGGCCGCAGCAUAGUCUGUACCAAUUCUUCUCGCGGUUGGUGGAUCAGUAUACCGAGUUGAUUCAGGGCGAGAGCGUGGAUGGUGGGCGGCCGCAGAAGAAGCGCAUCACCGAGCUUGAAGCAAAUGUGAGUAAUCGCUUCCGCGUGUUGGAGCGGGCGAAGAAGCGCGCGGAGUGGGUCAAGUGGCAGGAAGCGCAGAAAGUGGCGAAAGAUGAGGCGGAGGAGAAGGAGAAAGUGGCGUAUGCGCAGAUUGAUUGGCAUGACUUUACGGUGGUGGAGACGGUGUUGUUUACGGAGGAGGAUGAUAGUAUGGACCUCCCGCCACCGACCACACUCAACGACCUACAAUCCGCAAGUUUGGAGCAGAAAGCGGCGAUGUCGAUCCGCCCGGACCGUAGGAUCGAAGAAGCCAUGCCGACUUUCAACGACUACGAUCAGUUCUACGGCCAGCCACAGCAACCGCAACAACCAUCUCCCUACCCGCAAGCACCCCAAAUACAGAUGCCGCCGCCGCCGCCCCAGCAAGCAUAUGCUCACGCCCACGCCCACGCCACGCCACCAGCAACAACACCCUACCAACCCCCUCCCCAGAACAUGGAUCCCGAAGCAACCCGCCUGGCCUCCCUCCGCGCCGAUCGCGACCGCGCCCGCGCCGCCCAAGAAGCCGCCCGCUCCGCCCCCGCCAACCUCAAAAUCCGCGACACAAACACCUACAUCCCUCGCGCCGCCGCCCAACAGUCCCGUCAACAACAACCGCCCAAUACAUCACUCUGCCCCAAUUGCGGGACCUGGAUAGCCAACUCGGAGAUUGAGCAGCAUAUGCGUAUCGAGCUCAUGGAUCCCAACUGGCGCGACCAACAUCGCGUGAAUGUGCAACGUAGUGCGCUGACGAACCUGUCAACGAGGGAGGUGGCGGGGAAUUUGAAGAGGUUGGCUAGUCAGCGGACGGAUGUUUUUGAGGAGAGGGCGGGGAAGAGGGUGGAGGGUGAGGUGGGGGCGCAAGAUGCUGGUGGUGGCGUUGGUGGAGGAGGGGACGGUGGGCAGAUGAUGGGCGUGGGUGUGCAGGCACCGGAGGGGAUGGGGAGGCCGGUGACGGAUGUGCAGGAGCAGAUUCGGCAGUUGCAUCAGAAGUAUAAGACAUAAGAGGGACGGUAACGCGGCGGGGGGGGAGAGAGUGACCGAUUACGCUAAGGCGGCUGCUGUCAUUGCAGAGUCUGCGACAGAAGCGUGAGUGACUAUGCGCCGCUGCAGUUGAAAAGGGCUAGCACCGUAUUCGUCAUCUCGUUUAGUACGCUGGCGCAGCGAUAUAGGCAGCUACGGGAUAAAGUGGCACUGGGCACCAGGAGCGGGACCCGAGGUUUCGCAGAAGCCACGGCGCUCUGGUAGUCUGUGAAUGAUAGACAGCUAAGGAGAUUGCAGCU